UGCGCCCAACAACCCGGGAGGACCACCUCAAGGACGACUGGUUGCGUUUCGGGGCGGUUCCAGGGAAACGAGGAAACCUUUCGUCCUGCAAACGUGUGAAGGCAACCAAGCCGCCUUUCCGACGGCGAUACGUCGCGUUUGGGGACGUCGUUUGGGAAACAAUGAUGCCUUUCGCCCCCGCAAAAAUGUGUAGGCGAUUAAGCGAGCGUACAAGGCCCGAAGCGACUGCUUUCCCACGGGAAGAAAAUUCGUCCCGUAUUGUGCCCAAGGAUGCACUGGCGAGCCGGGGACUCCGAACAUAUUUAGCGCCGUGCCGGCCCAUAGUUAAGGUAGACGGUCCCACUCAACGCGCUGUCGUUCUGCUCAUAGUCUUCGGCCUCUCAGCAGACCGGCGAGAACUACCGUCAGCAAGGCGCACCUGCGUGAUGAAGUGUUGUGUGCCAGGAUGCCCUAACCGAACAGAAAAUCGGCGUGAUGGUCUGUCCUUCCAUAGAUGCUUGCAAAGGACGAUGCUACAGCAAUGAGGCAACCUUCAAGUGCACCAGCUUCAUCCACGGGAAUAUCACAGCAUCAAGAUGAGCCAGCAGGUCUCUCUGAAGUGACAAUAGCCAUGGACAUCUCCGAGGGCUUGUCAGAUGUGCUAGCAGAGGGUGCUGCUACAACUGCUAGCUCGUCCUUCGCUGAUUCAGACAUUGCUGAUGAGCCUUCCGAAAUCCAACAUGUCCUGUCUCCCAGUCGAAGGCCUACCAGCACGCUCGAGGGUGAUGCUUCUGCUGUGCUGCCUAUGCACAACCCAGCGACACCUCGAACAGCAAGGCAUACUAUGCCACAGCAAGCAGAAGACACACCUGAAAAGGCCUUUCUGAGGCACGAAGUGAGGCGUUACUCGCAACUGCAAACUGCGACCAAGAAAAAGAUCAAGACUCUGCAGCAAUCCCGUCGCCGGCUUUUACAUAAGGUUGCUCAUCUUCAAGAUGUCAUUCAAGAUUUGUCUGAGAAUCGCAUUCUAGGAAAUGAGGAUGUUGCCACGCUGCAGAGUCUUGGUGGGGCAAAAAAAGACUUGCUCAUGCGUCAACUGACACGUAAGUCUGGUGCAGCAGUGUCACCCACUUAUUCGCCAGAGCUCAGGGCAUUUGCACUGACGUUGCAUUUUUAUUCACCUAGAGCAUACCGAUAUGUACGAGCUACUUUUGACACAUGCCUUCCGCAUCCAAAGACUCUGUGCAAAUGGUACCAAUCCAUUGAUGGGGCUGCUGGGUUUUCAAAAGAGGCACUGACUGCAUUGGCUAUGAAGGAAUGCAACUACAUCUGA